AUGCGACUGGUCUCUGCGAGACUGGGGCAGGUGAACCAGCAUGCGGCUCGACCGACGCUUUUCUUGCCCUUUUCAAAGCGGGAUCGAUCGACUCGUCGGCGCUUGUCAGCCGUCGCGGCCCUAGAACGGACACAUGAACGAGAGGCUCCGGUUGCGCACGUCUCAUUGUUGGGAGUUCCAGCCAGCGACACUUCCUUAUCCACGAGACAAGGCCGAAAUACUAUCUCCAGGCCUGCGCACGGCUCUUUGGCCCUGUCGCAACAGGAUUCGAAGCGAGCAUCACUCCCAAUCUCCAAUACCCAUAUCUACGGCAAAUGGCAGUCGUUACUCCUCGAUCCGGACCGGUUGGCUCUGGAGUCUGACUUUCAAAGCCCGGCCACGAACAUUGGACGCCUGGUGGACCACCCUGAUCAUGCCCACGACGUUGCUCUAUGGAGCUGCAUAUUCAACUUCAGGCAGCGUAGAGGACAUCUGGACGGUGCUGCAGCGGUGUGGAGAGCGAUACUCAUGAGAAAAUGCCUAUACCAGGUCGAUGGCCUCAUUGCCCAGUCUUUCUGGCACAACGUCCUCAGCACGGCCCUGCACGACGAGUCCUUCCUCCAAAGCACAUGGGUUUAUGCCGAGUGGAUGUACGAAGAACAUGGCGUACAGUGGCCGGAUUUCUACAUUACUGUCCUCUCCUUCUGUAUGAACAACCGGCAGCUCGAUCGAGCCAUCCGUUGGCAUGUCCGGCUCAGUGCGCACUUCAACCCAGACAGGGCGACGUUUUUCAACUUUCUGAAGCAAUUCUUGCUGGAUCCCGACCCUGACAUGGUCGAGACCCUACAGUCGAUCUAUGUCACCAGCAAUCAUCGGCACCUCUAUGACACUCUUAUUCCCUAUCUGUGGUCGCAUGGUCAUUCAAGCCUUGCCCGCUCAUGGAGGAAAACACUAAUUCAGAGGAACGAUCUUCCGAAGUCACUUGCGACAAGGCCUUUUUUGGAGUUUAUCUCAGGCUAUUAUCCCAGUAUAAACCUCUGUUCGGACGAGAAGGCAGUAGCUGAUGCUGAUUUGGAGAACAAACAUGUUGCCAAACCUUUCAAGCAGGCGAGCAGGCUCCGCGAAGAAGUCUACCGGGCUCACGGCGCUACUUUCGGCAUCAAGGAGAAAGACUAUAGCGAUCAAUUUGGAGCACGGUUGUUCGCAAGCUCAUGGAUUCCGCUUGACGUUGCCAUCAACGUCGUCCACGCUCUUGGCGUGACACACAUAGGGCCUUUGUCUCUGCAGUCUAUCGCGCUGCGGGAAAAGGACGCUCAAGGUGUUCGCCAGCGAAUCAACCAGCUUGACAGCCUCCACAUUGGGACCGGACCUUCGAGUUACAGCAAAGCCGUCAGACAGCUUGCCACUGCAGGCGACUCGGAGACCUUGAGUACUUUGCUUCAUUCUGACCUGCAUCCGGACGUUCUAGAAGAGCCAUUCACCCUCGAGGAGAUACUCCAGUCCAGCGUCAAACAUGGCGAUCUGCAGAAGUACAGGCUCAUCCUCACGGUACGCCUUGCGCUGUCCAUGGACUCUCUUGCGGCUUCAUCGAACAGUCUCCUGGGAUUGAGCUUGACGCAGAACAAAAGAAGCAAUGCACUGAGUCUGCUUGAGGACAUGCGCUCAAGAGGCGUUCAGGUGCUUCCAAAUAUCGGUCUCGAGAUUUCAAAGAUGGUCUUGAGAGAUCUUCCUUCUGACUGCGACCCAAACUUUGCCAAGGAUGAUCUGGAUUUCUACAUUUCGCUUUGCAGGCAGAGCGCAAACUUGAAUGCGCCCCUUUACACUUCGGUCUGGAAGAGAAUACUUUUUCAGCUCGCUCAAACGGGCCGUCUCGAGGAACUGGAAGACUUGUCGAUUGAGAUCGUCGACCGAUACCUUGCGCUCGAGUCCUCCGAUAUUGCAAUGGCAUACGUUCAUAUAAACGAUGCACCGCGCACGCUCCCGGAGCGGCCUGAUCUGCCCGGGUUUCGACUUGUGCCCCGUGAUCUUCCUUUAACGCUCGAAGCACACCCUGUCCAACGUUUGUUCGAUCGAAAGCUCUGCAGAGCUAUCGUUGAGUUCUCUUUUCGGUUUAUGGUCAACGGCUCUCCUCCCAAACUUAGCACCUGGACCUCACGUGGCGCCAUCAAUAUUGCAGAUUUUGAUGUUGCUCGCGGAGUCAGACUGCUCCGGGUGUUGAAGGAUAGAGGCGUCAACAUCAAUGAUGCCCUGGUGCGCCGGGAAGUUCUGCUCAAGCUAGCCGCGCUCUACGGACCGGUGAUCAAGCGCCCGACGCGGGCGUCUCAGGGUAGGACAAUGCGCGGACUUAUUGCUCGACGACGUGCGAACCGCCUCAGUCUGGCCGAGGUGAAGGGUCUGUGCGAUCGAGCUUGGGACGGCGAUCUUUUGGGUCCUCUGGAGGCCAUCGAUGACUUUGUCAAACGCACCACUGAUUCACGCCGUCGACGGGCGUGA